AUGGUCACCAAGAGCAAACUGAGGCUGGCAAUUGCCGCCGAGAAGGGCAUUGACUUCAAGAAAUUGAAGCAGCAGAAGAAGCACAAGGCGGCUCUGAAGGAAAAGUGUGCUCAUGAUGGCGGGGUGUCGUCAAAGGAUGCCAAGCAAGGACACGUCGAAGUUGAAAAUGAGAGCGACGAGGAGGAAGAAGAAGAGGAUGAGGAUGAAAAUCUGAAUCUGGAUGCCGUCGACGAUAGCGAUACAUCCGAGUCGUCGAUCGAGCUUGAAGCGAAGAUUACGAGAAAAAAAUCAGAAGCACAGCCAAAAACAAGGCUGAGGACGGAUGCGGACGCUGCGGAAGAAGAGGAUGACGAGGAGGACGAGGAUGACGAGGAUAUUCCCGUCUCUGACCUCGAAGACCUCGACGACGAAGACAAAGAGGAUUUGAUCCCCCACACUCGACUCACCAUCAAUAACACGGCUGCUCUGCAGGCCUCUCUCGACCGCAUCUCCAUCCCCACUGGCAAGGCGACCCCCUUCGCCUUCCACCAGUGCGUCGUUGCUGCCGAAGAAACCGCCGACUCGAUCCCUGAUGUAUCCGACGACCUGCAGCGUGAGCUUGCCUUUUACUCUCAAUGCCUCGACGCUGCUCGCCGAGGUCGUUCCAAGCUUCUUGCUGAAGGCAUCCCUUUCUCCCGUCCCAAGGACUACUUCGCCGAGAUGGUCAAGGAAGAUGCCCAUAUGGAGAAGGUGAAGGCUAAGCUUGUCGAGGAGGCGUCGGCAAAGAAGGCUGCAGCCGAGGCACGCAAGCUGCGCGACUUGAAGAAGUUUGGCAAGCAGGUCCAGGUGGCAAAGCUGCAAGAGCGCCACAAGGAAAAGCGAGAGACGCUCGAGAAGAUCAAGACAUUGAAGCGAAAGCGACAAGAAUCUGGCGGUGAUGGCGGUACUAAAGAAGCCGAUAUUUUUGACGUCGGCGUCGACCACGAGUUGGCCAAGCACGCACAGCGCUCUGCCGGUACUAAAGGCAGCCAAUCCCAGGGCGCCAACGGAAAACGCCAGAAGAAGAACGAGAAGUUUGGGUUCGGUGGCAAGAAGCGCCACGCCAAGUCGGGCGAUGCUAUGAGCUCUGGCGAUCUCUCUAGCUUUGAUGCGAAGAAGAUGAAGGCCGGCGGCAAGGGCAAGGCACAGCGUCCUGGAAAGGCUAGGCGGAAGUCCAUGGCCUCACGGUGA